CCAGCCGCGUUGCCCUUCUUAUUCAGCUCCCCGCCUUCCCUCUAAAACCACCGGUUGCAGGGUUUAGGGUUUAAGACGGAAAUUCUAAGAAAUUUUCACCAGAAAAAAUGUCAGGAGCCUCAAUUUCGGCGCAGCUACAGGCUUUGAAAUCUCUCUCUAACGUGUACGCCGAUUCUGAACCUCUCAAAAAGCCCUUCACGCGCCCCUCUCUCAUACUCGACUCCAAAGCGGCUGCCGAUAUCGACCUCGACACUGUCUUCAACAUAGCCCUUUCUGGUUUGGAAGUUUUGAUAGAAAAGGAAGAGAGGUUUAGGAACUACAGGAAUGAUUUGUUUAGUUACAAAAGUAAGGAGCUGGACAGGGAGUUGGUGGGGAUUGAGGACAACGACGGAAUAAACGCAUCUAUUAGAUCCUAUUUACGGUUACUAUCAGGGUAUUUGGAAUUGAGUUCUGCUGUGAACACCCUUGAGUAUUUAAUCCGUAGAUACAAGGUUCAUGUAUGCAAUGCCGAGGAGCUAAUUUUAUGUGCAUUGCCAUAUCACGAGACUCACGUGUUUGUGCAAAUAGUGCAAUUAAUUAACACAGGAAACAGUAGAUGGAAAUUUCUCAACGGAGUUAAAACAUCAGGUGCUCCACUGCCCAGGAAUGUCAUUGUACAACAGUGUCUCCGAGAUAUGGGGGUUUUGGAGGCUAUAUGUAAUUAUGCUGCACCUGAAAAGAAGAUUUACCCAUCAAAAGUUGUGACUGGGUUCUGCACAGCAGUUGUUUUUGAGGUUCUACAACUAGUGACCAUUGAUAGUGAUGUUGUGAAGAGGAUUCUUCCAUAAGUAAAUUCCGGGCUUCAACCUGGUGCCAAAGGAUCGAACCCGAAGGUCAAGUUUAAAUGUGUAAUUUUUGUGUUUGGCUGGUGCUCUAAUAAUUGUUACUUUACUAGCGCAAAAGGUGACUCUGGCCCCGAAUGUUGUGAAAAGCUUAAUGCGUUCAAUUGCUGAAAUAGUCAGGGCAGAUGCAAAUGAAUCAGC